AUGUUUCUCGCUACACCCAAGCACGCUGGUAGCCACGUCUUCAACGCGGAUCCCAUCCUAACGGCUAAGAUGGCGGGCCACCAUGUCCACGGGUACAAUGAUAACGUGUGCUUUGUCUCUGAACGCAAUCCUACGGUGGCUCGGCCGGUAAUCCUAUUCCACUUUGAUGCCAACUGUAUCCUGGAGCGGGUUACUGAAAUCAGAAAGCCAAUGCUCUUUAACACGGUUCUAGACCGCAACUACCAACCCUGUCAUUGCAUUACGCUUGUGGGGGUGAAGACAUCUGUGUUACCAACAGCUGUACCAACAGCACCAGCCGCGAUUGCAAAUCACGUGCCCAGGUAUCAGAUGGUGAAUCCUAGCGACUACCACAACAACCUUCCUUCGCCCAGUCCUGCAGCUACGGCAACUCCAACUACACUGGGGACCCCCGUGUCUGACGUUGCGGCUGCAGCCAUUGCACGAUCCGGGACCAGUAGCCAUUCUAACGCUACUACGUCACCCGCUGAACCCACCCAUGUCGCUGUUGCGCCGAUUUUCCAGUCCCGCACCGGGUACCGAAUUGUCGGUGCUGCCAAAGGUAAGGUGCACCUUAAGCAAUCGUGUGGCUCUCUUAAGAAUAAGGAUGUGGAGGAAAUGAGUGUAACCGAAACAACCGACUUAUGUAAGAAGUGCUACUAUGAACCAGAGGUAGUCGAUGUUUCGGUGGAGUAUUCUGAUUUGGAAACCAUGGUAGCUGAGCUGCCGGACACCCCAACCCAAGUCCCUGUUACUCGAGCCUCGGUUGUUAACCAGACUCUUAUACGUGAACCCACGACCGCCGCAAUUCCGUCUGUGCAGUCCCGCUUGGGUUACAGAAUUGUCGGUGCAGCUAAGGGUAAAGUGCACGUAAAGGAUACUUGUGGUUCCCUCAAGAAUAAGGUUGUGGAGGAAAUGGUGGGGACCGGAACAACCGACUGGUGUAAGAAGUGCUACACCGAAGAGGUUGUGGGAGUGUCGGUUGGGUACGCUGACAUUGAAGCCAUGUUAGCCGAGCUGCCGGACGUACCAACCCAAGUUCCAGGUUCACGACACCCUACUACAGCAACUAUUCCCACUACUCCCACCACGUUGCUGCCGCUAUCGUCAAUUACCCAGUCUGGCACGGGCUACCAGAUUGCGGGUUCAAAGGGAAAGGUGCAUCGAAACCGCACGUGUCGAUCACUCAAGAAUAAACUGUUGGCCGAAGUUUCAAUCACGGGAACUACAGCUUUGUGCCAGGUAUGCAGUACCUAA